GCUUAAAGCGGAAGGACAAUUGGGCAGACGAUGAAACGUUUGCCCUCGUAAAUAUAUGGCAUGAGAAUCUUGCAAAUUUAAGAAAAAGUAAACGCAACCGUGUGGUUUAUGAAGGAAUGAGCUGUUCUUUCAAAACAUACGGAUUUACACGGAGUUCUGCAGAGAUCUCGAAAAAAAUACAAAACUUAAACCGGCGUUACAGCAUCUUUAGUGACAGACAUGUCUCUUGAAGAGGACUGCCAGGAAGGUGGAGCAUUACCAAAUCAACUACCUGCUGCAGAUCCAGUAGAAGAUGUUGGUGUCGGUAGUCCCCGGCCUGAACUUCCCGAGCUGGAACCAGUAGCUGGUCCAUCAAAUCAAGAAGAUUCUGUUGCACCCCAGAGACCAAAGAGAAGAAGAGUUGAAGGAGGGAAAAAGACCCGAUUUUUGGGCGAAUUGUUACAAAAAUUCAAUAACAUACAGCAGAAUUAUAACGAUAAUUCGAAAGAAAUGCUGAAUAUAAUGAAGCAAUCUGUAGAAAAUGACGCCAGUAUUAUUGAAGUUUUAAAAGAACAAACAAAUGUGCUGAGGGAUUUGUUAAAUAAAUGAUUUUAAUUUUGUA